AUGGGGAACGUCUCGCCCACGCCCCAUCAACUAUUGGUGGAAGCUGUGAUCUUUUGGAGUAUUGGGGCAGUACUCUAUAUUGGCCGAAUGGCCUCCCGGUUGAUGGCAAAUAUGUCAAUCCAGGGGAUAUCAUGGGACGAUUAUGUGAUGACGGCAACAUUUAUAUUAUAUACGUCCUUGCUUAUCUUGAUUCAAAUCUCGGCAAAAUACGCGACCAAUUUGAUGGAUCCGAGCGAGUAUGAUGAGGUACUCUCUGACCCCGAAGAAGUUCGCGAACGCAUCUUUGGAAGCAAAAUUGUAAUUGCGCUAGAACAGUGCAUGCUCUUUGUAACCUGGGGGGUGAAAGUCUGCCUGUUGAUACUCUACUGGCGGAUCACCAAGAACCUGCCCUCGAACCUCUAUGUCAAGAUUCUUGCCGUUUAUGUGGCAUUUGGUUUCGUCGUGAUUAUGGUUACCUACUAUGCCGUGUACUGCCGACCCUUCUCGCAAUAUUGGGCGUUGCCAGUGUCGAAUCUACAGUGCGCCACGUACCAAAACUAUUCAAUCACACAGGCAGUUUUCAACAUCUCAUCGGACGCCGUUAUGUUUGCCAUUCCGAUACCGCUCAUCGUUAGGGCGAGGUUUCCACCGCGCCGGAAGAUGCUGUUACUCUGUGUGAUGAGCUUGGGUCUUUUCACGAUCAUUGCGGCUAUCCUGAAUAAAUACUUCAACUUUGCCUCGCCCCUGACCACUGUGUACCAGAUCUGGUAUAUACGCGAAUCCAGCACUGCUAUAUUUGUCGCUAAUAUGAUGUGCUGGUGGCCGCUCCUCCGGAAGCUGUUUGGUGUGAGAGCCUUCCAGUACCAGGGGACCCCUGGACGGCCAUCACGGGACACCGACAACAAGGAAGGCAAUUCCUACUUGAAGGCCGCCGGCUCACAGUCCCGUGCAUCUUUUUCGUUAACACGCCCCUUUCAUCUGUCUCGAUCCGGUCUGCGUGCUUCGGCAAAGGGUACUGGUACUGCUCUCACUAGGCAUAGCAAUGUAGGACACUCUAGCCAAGAGGCGAUAAAUCAGUCUACGGGUGGGACUAUAGAGGAUCUGGAUCGCGUGGAAAAUAUUCCACUCCAGGUUUGGGGCAAGGGCAACGAACGAGGCACCGAUGUUGAAAGCCUCGCGAUCCAGGAAUCUACCGCAAAGUUUGAACAACGGGAUCAUGGGGAAGAUGUGCCUCUGGGGGAUCGAAUCUACUGUACUCGCGAGUUUGACAUCCGCUCUGACUCCAGGAGCGGGCACUCGCCUACAUGA